AUGGCCUCCCAAGAAAACUCAGCGCCGCGGAAGCUUCAGUUUGGCAUCCAGGUUCGAUACGCGUCGCGACCAGGGGAACUAGAGCCCUUCCCAAGCCCGUUUUCGGGGUACUCUGACAGAGUCAAAAGGGAACUUGGGCGAGAGGAUAGACGCGCCUAUCAAGCCCAGGCUCUGCAAAGCAACGGGCUCCAGUCGGGGCUUGAACUGCCGGCGGUGUCGGAGAGCGGGUGUUCCCAUGAGUCGUUCAGGGACUAUGCGCCUCUCGAGAUCCUGGCCGGCGGAAACGUGCGCAUCAUGGACCCGUCCACGAUCCCGCUCGCCAAGAGAGAUGGAAAAAACAUCAGGUCCAAGUACUGGCUGAUCCGGAGCGGGCUCGAACACGAACGGCCAAAGGCCUUCGUGGGCUGGUACAAUACGGAGCUCAACUCGCCUAUCCUACCCGAGGAGGGGGCGACUUACGGCUUUUCCCGGGUUGCCCGGGCUCUUUGCACCAUUUACAUGGCCAAUAAAAUUCACCAAAGCAGGUCCUGCGUGAUGCAUUUCCAUGUAAGUCCCGUAGAGGGACUCGAGGUCCGGCAGGCCCAACGAGCUGCCACACUCGUCUUUUUGCUUGAAGUUCCCCUUCUGUUCCGCUUGAGCAUCAGGACCCGCGGUAAUCUGCCCCUGGAGCUCGAACGGGGCGCGACCUUUGUUCUCCAGAAUCGGGAGAUGUGGCCAGAGGAAGAAGUCUUUGCCGACGAGGUCGAGACCUGGCUGUCUCGCUCCUUUCUCCAGACCCACCGUGACAAGAUGAGGCAGCUCUGGGGCGCACUCGACAUCGAGGGCGUGGGCAAGAUGAUUGAGGCCGAUCAGAAAGUGUUCAGCCCGUUUGACAAAACCGCUCUCAGGGUGGACUGCCAUCUCCAUCCCGAUGGCACCCGGGACUAUUCUCUCGAGUUUAGUCACGCCCAGGCGAGCUUCAACAUGCCCUUUGUCAACAACUGGACCAAGCUCUUGCUCCUCAUCGUCAAGCUGGCGGACCUGCCUUGCCAGAAGUACUCGAAACUGGUCGAAAAGCUGUGGGAGAUUGUCGAUGGUGUCACUGACAAGUCCACCAUUUGGCCACAGUUGCUGAAAGAGCUCAAUGCCCAGACGCCUAAGACAUGGAACUACAGCAUCGACGAGGCAUAUUGGGCCACGCGGGUGCGGGAAAACAUGGACCCGAUGAAUGAUUACCCCGGUGUCGGGUUUGGUCAUAUGGCCAUGGCGGAGUAA